GCAGUGGUGGGUAGUCGCUUAAUUCCCUCCAACUUCUUCUGGUGUGGUUGCAAUCAUUAAAGUGGCGUAGUAUGUCCUCCUUGUAAGGGGUGUUCUUCUCCGUUGUGGGGUCAAUUGCGGUGCUCUAUAACGCUUCAUUUGUAUUGAUUUUUUUUCUGUGUAUAUUCCGACGUUUUUGGAGUGAAAACAUCCGGGGGAGAGUCCGGGGGUGAGGGAAGGGAGUGAGACUAUAUAGUGCGCGGGGGUUAAGUGUUGGUGGAGAAGAAGCAAAAGCCACUUCAGCUGACGCAUUAAAAUGGAUAAUAAAAUAUAAUUGAUAUUUUUUCAAGGAGGGGGAUGAAGACACCCCCUUAAUGAAGUGUUCACAUUUGAGUGCAAGAAGGAUUUUUUUUGUGGGAAGAUAGUGCCUCAAAGUGUUGAGAAUAAAUAUAUAGAUACAUAUAUAACACAGUUGAGAGAGUAUCGUGGUGUACGUGUGUGUGUAUGUGUGUUGAAUUUGCUGGUUGGGAAAUAUCAAAAGAAAAGUGAAAGUUACUCCGAAGCCAGCGAGGAGAACCCCUUUUAGCUCUCAUCCACCCACUACACACCGGGUUCAGAAUUCUUCGUUUGUUGGUGAAUUUUCAACCCUCUCCACCCCCACGCAUUUAUCGUCCGACAUAUUCGUGAAUUGCAAAACUGCAUCAAAUUCAGCUGAAUGAAUUUUAUUUUUUGGAUUUUGUAAAUCAUACUUAAGGCGAAAAGUGUGGUUAGAGACGAAAGAAAAAUGAAUUUUUCACCAUUUGGCGGCCAUUUUCCCGGUACAAUCCCGGGGAUACAUCAAUUUGCCGCAUCGGGUGCUCUGGUGUCCACCUCAGCUCCGGACAAUGUGAAUCGCUAUCACUCCAGCAAUGUUAACAUACCCCACUUUAAUCAGCCACACGCACCAAUCCUAGGAAAAUUCCGGCCCGAUGAUGUGAACAACAUGAACAAGUACAACGGGCAUACGAACCAAUAUUCAACACCCUACUCCCAGGAUGGGCAGUCAGUUACGGAUAAGCAGCAACGUGGUGGAACGUCGUCCAGUGUUUCCUAUCCCCAAACAACCCUUUCGGGGUCUGUGGGGCAACAACCACCUGAAAUACCUCAACAACAAACCGAUGCGAAGCGUGUCCUCCAGAAUGUCAAUCCCAGCUGGCAAUCCCUAACACCGAGUUCCGCCGUCGCUGACUACCUGUCCCAUUUGCCUGCCAGCACACUGCCGCUGAGUCUUCAUCAUUUCCUCAAAUAUUCCGCUGAAAGCAUCAAGAAGGAAUCACAGAAUCCACUGAGUUCGCAGAAUCUCAAUAAUCUCGGUGCUGGUCUUUUGCCGCCCAACAACACCAACCUCAAUCAUCAGUCGCAGCAUCAGCAGCAGGCGCAUCAGCAGCAAACGCAGCAGAGUCAUCAGCAGACGGGCAAUACAAAUACCAAUGAUCAUGCGCAACAGCAGACCAAUGCACCAGCAACAACGGGUACGAAAAAGAAGAAGAAGAAGAAGGCACCGAAACCACCAAAGGAAAAAAAGCCUCGUCCAAAACCCGGAGAAAUUCGUCUUACAACCGCCCUCGAUGGGAGUACACUCUUCUGCUGUCCUGAGUGUCAGAUGGCGUAUCCAGAGCGUGGUUUGCUGGAGCAACAUUUAGUGGGUCACAAUCUUGAACGACGAUUCAUCUGUGACAUUUGCAAUGCAGCCCUUAAGCGCAAAGAUCACCUCACGCGUCACAAGCAAAGCCACAACCCUGAGCGUCCCUUUGUCUGUACAAUCUGCCUCAAAGCGUUCAAGCGCAAGGAGCAACUAACGCUGCACUUUGUCAUCCAUUCCGGUGAGAAGAGGCACAUUUGCAAUGAAUGCGGCAAAGGCUUCUACCGCAAGGAUCACCUGCGGAAGCAUACGCGUUCGCACAUUGCCAGGCGCGUCAAGGCGGAGCUGAGUCAGCAGAAUCAACCAGCUGGCGGGGGUGGGGGUGGUGGUGGUGCACAGGGUGGUGUGGUGCCCAACAUGCAGCAGCAACCCUACCCGCUUGCUGGCAAUCAAGCACCAAGUGGGCAACAGACGCCACAGGCUGGACAUCACAAUGGGCAACCGCAGGGCAGCGGUGGGCAUCAGCAAUCACCGUGUUUGUCCUAAAAUUUACUCUUCCCCAAGUUCACCCCCAUUUUCAAUUACUUCUAAAGCCGCCAUCCCCCUUUUUGUGAUCAUUUCCCCCCUAUGUGGGCAAUUACUUACUACUAGAUAUACAUUAAUAAUGCAAAUGAUUUAUUUCUGUUUUAUUUAUAUGAUUUUUUUUUAUUUCAAAGAUUUUAUUUUAGUUUUACUUUAUUUUUUUUUAAUAAUUUUUACAGAUGCAAUCUUUCUAUAAAACAUAAAUUAUGUAGUGUCCCGGAGCAAAGGCGUAGCCUCAAUGCAUGGUGGAUGAAUAUGAGGGAUUUUUUUGGGCGUUUAGAAACUUUUAGUGCAAUUUUACGUCGAAAUCAGCCAUAUAUUAACCCAAUAAACUUUGGUUAGAAAUAAGUCGAACUACAAUCACUGAACCUUUCAUUUUUGCUUCAAAACUUAAUUAUAGAUUACUUUGGAAAGCAAUAAAAAAUUUUUAACCCUUUGGGGAUCUUUAGAAGCACUAACACAUUAUUCUAGCAGUUUUUUUCCUUAUAUUUUUUUAUGGAUUACUUAUCAGUUCGACUGCUUAAGGCGUCUAGAGGUCUUGCAUCAAACUGUCAGUUCUAUGUAAAAUUAAAUAAUUAAAAACUGCUAGAAUUUGGUCGUUCUUUAUCUUCAUAGAAGAACUAUAUCACUAUGGAAAAGCUUUCAAUUGGACUAUUUAAGGCGUCUUUAGGUCUUGUGUAAAAGUGACAGGUCUACGUAAAAUCUUUCAGGAAAAAACUGCUAGAAUUUGUUGGUUAACUAUAUCUAGCAAUUUUACCCUUACGGGAUUUUUCAUGGAAGAACUGCCGCUCAAACUGUUAAAGGCGUAUAGAGACCUGUGUCAAACUGACAGUACUUCAAUGUAAAAUCUUGUAAUAGCAGAAAUGCUAGAAUUUGGUUGUCCACUAUAUUCUAGCAGUUUUUACUUAUAGGAUUUAACAUUAAAGAACUGUCAGUUGGACUGUUUAAGGCUUCUAGGGAUCUCAGAGUUAAUGCAGCAGACUGAAAGUUUUUAUAAAAUCUUUUGAGAAAAAAAAACUGCUAGAAUUUGUCGAUCCUCAAUGUACUAAAGACUAUGUUGACGUACAAUUACGCCACGUUACCAUAGUUCAACCAAUUAAUAUUUUGGCUUGAAACCAAGAAAAGGCUAUUGGCUUGAACCCUCUUACCUCAGAACUUCAAAAUUCCCCUUCAAAUAUUUUUUUAUUAUUUAAAAUUUCCGUUAAUCCUCCAUAUUCCUUCAUCAUGCAUAAAAUAAAUUAAGGAAAAGAAAACUGCAAAAUAUCCAAAGUGCAGAAAGAUAAACAAUAAAGAAGUAUAAUGUAUAUUGUAUAAUGAAGGGAGAACCUGAACAUUUAUGAAGAAAAAAAUGAUAUUUAAUAAGUAAACAUAGUAAUUUUAUAUGUAUUGAUGAAGAAAAAAGAAAUAAAUUGAAAAAAGAACAUAGUACAAAAAUUGACUCAUGGUAAAUUUCACAUGCUAAAGAACAAUUAGAAAGAAAGCAAAAUCACCCAAGAGAUCUACAAAGGCAACACAAUAAAAAGAUUUAAAGAAAAAAAGGAAAAAAAUGAUAUAUAAAAUAGAAACUGCUUCAACAUAAUAAAUGAUAAGAUUGAUAUUGAAGAUGAGAAAAAAAGAAGAAUAUUUAAAAGCGUAAAACUAAAUUAUUUAUAUAUUACUAAAGAAAAAAAAACAAAUAUAAUUAAAAAAAAAACUUGUAUGACACGUAGUGUUAAGGCAGACGCCGAUGGGAGAAUAUUUAAACACAACACACACAAGAAUAGAAAAAGAAAAGAAAUAUUUUAUAAGGAAAAACUCUAAUUUUUAAGUGAAAAAGAAAUGAAGGAAGACACUGCAAAUUGAAUCCUCUUCCCUAAGGAAACUUUUUAUUUAAUUUCGGGUAAACCAUCACCGAAGAUGAGUAAACUAAAUUUAUAUAUUUUAGCGGACUGACUAGGCAGGCAUCAUGUAUGAAUGACGUGCGUGGGCGAACAACAACAUGAAUUUAAUAGAAAAAAUGCAUUAUCUGUAAUCCAACAAUUAAAUGUGUAGAGAAAAGGUGUAAAGAAAACAAAACAAUAUUGAGCGCAGACAUUUUAAGUAUGAAUAAAAAUGGUACAGCAAAAAAAAACAAAA